UUCAUUAGAACGCCUGAGGCGCCAGACUGGGACAGCUGCACCAUUUAAGGUGGAACGGGAAAAUUCGAACAAGAAGCUGGCGAAUAGGAAGCCGACUUUACCCUCGUGUUUUUUAAUGUGCUACAAAGUCAAUGAAUCUUUAAUUUUAUGAGAUUUUUAAACUUGUCUGACUGUUUCUGCCGCUUUAUUUUGAGUCAAAGCUGUUUUUAUCACUCCGUUUUGGGAUCAACGAGGUUUGGGUUUCAGUCUAAACUCAGAAAAUCAAAAAAAAAUCUGAAAGCACCUCGAUGAACGAAGGAAAUCCCUGAAUAUUUGGUCUGAAUUAUACAGCCCGACUAGAGCUUCACUGACCAUCAGAGGGUCCUCUGCCCACCUCUGCCGACCAUCACAUGGCUUCUGUUCACAGACGACAUUAGGAGACGCAUGAGCUGCUACUUUUUUCAGUGACCGAAAAUGGAACCUGACACUAAACGGAGAAAAGGAAUGGAGUACGACACGGACUUGUGGGAUGUCCUUCCUGUCCUCUCAGACGAACAGUCUCAGGACACUAAACUGCUGGAUGCUUAUGCAGCCCCCAUCACUGAGAAGAGAGAAACCUCACGUUUGGUCAAAGAGCUGGCUGUGGUCUACCCUUUACCGGAUCUUCAGCAUAUAAAGAGGGUAAGGGCUCGCAAAGACAAGAGCGCUCCUCAUCCACUGGAGGUCAUUGUGUGUCUGGCUAGUGAUGUGUCAGAGCUGGAAAGCCAAAGGCCUACUCUCGCUGACCUGCUGAGCUCGAAGACCAUUGACUCUAGGGGCUUGGGUGAGCCUUUUCUUGUCCAAAUUCCAGCUAGUGCUCCACUAACCAGACCACAGUUUGAGCGAGCGAGUGAGCAUUGGCCUACAUCUUUUCAUGAAGACAAGCAAGUCACUUCUGCCUUGAGAGGACAGUUGUUCUCUUCCAGUGAGAAGGCUAAAAUGGGAGACUAUAUGAUGGCGGCUAUACAGGCUGCAAGGUCAGGCCAAGCACUGGGAAUGGAUGGUGUGGGUGCAGUGAUCGUUGACCCACAGUCUGGCCAAAUCGUUGCAGUAGGUCAUGACUGUAGGCGAGGCACUCAUCCACUCCAUCAUGCUGUAAUGGUGUGCAUUGACCUUGUGGCAUAUACGCAAGGAGGAGGUGCCUAUGAAUAUGAGAAGUACCCAGCCUGCAGAUACAGUGUCCCUGAGUCACAGGUCACCACAAGUCACGAUGACAUUAGGACAGUAGGAAACCACUGCAGCUCUGACAACGCAGUGGAAUGUGGACAGCCGUACAUUUGCACCGGAUACGAACUGUAUGUCACCAGAGAGCCAUGCGUGAUGUGUGCCAUGGCAUUAGUCCAUUCAAGGAUAAGCAGAGUUUUCUAUGGAGCAGCUUCUACAGAUGGCGCCUUAGGAACCAAGUAUAAAAUUCACUGUCAAAAAGACUUGAAUCACCACUUUGAUGUGUAUAAAGGAGUGAUGCUACAGGCCUGCGAGGAACUGUUGGACUUUAAGUAAUUUUAAUUCUUUGUUUUUAACAGACAUGGACUCCUAAAGUCUGUUUUGAAUUAACUGCUUCUGUGAUGUCACAAAAACAAACACGUUUACAGGUGUCCACUUAAAGUUUAAAGUUAAGCUCUGCCCAUUUAAACUAAACUUAUAAGAAGAGUUUCAACCCAGAUAACUUUUUAAAUGAAGCGAAACGCAGGGCACCCAGCUGGAACAGAGCUCUUUUACAUAUUUCAGUUUCAGAGGCACAAUAACUGAAAAAAGAAAAAAAAAAAAACAGCCUGCUUAA